AUGCUCAAAAUACCAUGGACCGAGAGGGUAACGAAUAAGGAAGUAUUAAAUAAAAUAAAAAGAAAACGACAAAUAUGGAAAAGUAUUCAAUCAAGAAGAGACGAAAAGACAGAACACAUAUUAAGGCAUGCAAGUUUAUUAAAGGAAAUAAUUGAAGGAGAUGUUGAAGGACACAUUGCAAGAGGAAUACCAAGAGCAGAAUACAUGACACAGAUAAUGCAGGAUACGAAUAAGGGAAAUUACAAAGACCUGAAAGAACUGUGCUACGAUAAAUAA